UUUCUCUCUAUAGUCAGAUGGUUCCGGUAUGGAAGCAUGGUCUGCGUGUGGAGAUGGAGCCCCACACUGCGACGGCGGCGUUUGCCUCGGCCUUCAGCCGCUGUGGCUGCCCUGUUCGUCUGGGUCGCACUGCGCAUGUUGGGCGUCGGCUUUGUAAGUGGGCGACUUCACUCGACGUGGUCACGGACGGCACGUGCCGUCCAGUUCGAUGAUAAGAUCAACUUGCCGACUCCCAGACCGAUCCACGAUCCCUCCGAAGCAGGAGACUGGGAAGAAGGUGGUAAGGCCGCUGAAGGGCCCGACGACGGUUUGCCGCGUUGGUUUCUGGAAUUAAACGUAGCAGGAUUUGAGCCCGACCUGAAGUUCUACGGCAAAUUCAUCCAAGAGGCCGCCACUCGAGGGGACCUCCGGGCUGCGGAGCGAUGGCUUCAGAAUGCCAAGCGAGCCCAAGUCGAACCCGAUGGAGACAUUUACCGCUUCCUUUGCCUGGCGGCCUCCAAGUCCGACCUGGCGGCAGCUGCGAAGUACGGGACCAAAGCGUCCCAGUUGGGAACCCAACUUGACCAGUCCCUGCUAGCCUCGCUGCUUUCCCAGGCCGUGGACGAAAACCAACUGCCUUUGGUGGAAGCCUUCGCGUCGCUUUUGUCUCCGUCGAACGAUCCGUCGAACGUCAGCGUCUACGAGUCGGUGCUGCGGGCCGCGGCGGCGCAGCGCGACUUCCACGCGGCCGACAGGUGGCUCCGAAGGGCAGAGGAAGAACGUGUGGCUUUGGGGCUCCAGGUGGUGGUGGCAUUGAUGGAUGCUGCAGCGUGUGAAGGAAAUCUCACCAUGGCCGAGGCCUUCUUCAAGUAUGCGAAAGACAGCGGAAUUCAACAUGAGAUGGCAUCCUACAAUAUCCUCAUCAAGGCAGCGGCAGAGGCACGACUGCCCGAAGCGGGUGAGUACUGGUACUUUCAGGCCCGAAAGGAGAAUCUUCAAGCAAGCCUCAUCACGUAUACGAGCUUGAUUAGAGGCUUUGCCCGCGCGGGGGACCUUUCGGGCGCUGAAUCCUGGCUGAGACAAGCUGACGCGGAGGGACUCCAGCUCGACAUCCAAAUCUUCACGGCGGUCAUGGACGCUGCCGCGCGAAAGGGAAAUCACUCCGCAGCAGAGUAUUGGUAUCGAGAAUCGGUGGACCGUGGUGGACGCCCCAAUGUGGUGACCUUCAACACGUUGAUCUCUGCGGCCAGCCGCGCGGGGGACACCCGUUCGGCCGAGCGAUGGUUUCACACUUGUGAGGAUGCAGGGCUUGUUCCAAAUAUCAAGACCUUCAAUAUCUUGAUGAAUGCAGCAGCCAAGCGAAAUGACCUCAAUGCUACUGAGCAUUGGUUUCAAGUGGCUUUGACCAAAGGAGUCAAACCGGAUGCUGCCAUGUUGCAGACCCUACUGACCACUGUAGUUCACCAUGGUGAUGAAGUCGCGGCCUCACGCUGGUACUACACCGCGAAGAAACGCUCGGUGCAACUCAGCAGCUCAUCCGUGGGAUCUGUGGCCAUUGCGGCGGCCAGGAAGGGUCAAUUGGAGUUUGCCCGAUCGAUCGUGGAGGAUGGAUACCAGCAAAUGGGCUUAGAGUUCGACCUGAGAACAUACAUUGCAUUAGCUCAAGAGUCCUCAAAGCAAGGGCUGCUGAACGAGACACAGAGCUGGCAGAAGCUUGCGAAGAAGCAUGGCCUCCCAGAAGAUAUCGCCUUUUACGAUGCGGUGCUGACCGCCUGUGCCAAGAGUCCGUAUGUGAAGGCUUCGCAUCGAUUGGCCGUUGAAACCUUUGAACGGGCGCAACAAGCACCGGUGAAGCUUCGCUUGACCACCUUCAAUGCCAUGAUCAACGCUGUGGGACGUGAAGGGCUGCGCUUGGCGGAGCGUUGGUUUGCAAAGACCAUCGAGGCUGGGCUGCGGCCAGAUCGCGUGACCUUCACCAUCAUGGUGAGUGUGGCAGCGAAGCACAGGGAUUUACAAUCUGCUGAGGGAUGGUUUAGGGCGGCCCAAGACGCUGGCAUCAAGGCAGAUGUGGUGAUGUACAGCGCUUUGUUGGACGCUGCAGCUAAAACUGGAAAGCCAGACUUGGCAGAUGAAUGGUUCAAGGAGCUGCUAGCACAAGGCCUCAUCCCGGAUACAGUUGCUUAUACCACCUUGAUGGAAGCCCAUGCGCGGGCGGGAGAAAUGACCCGAGCACGAGGAUACUUCGCUGAGAUGGAGUCCUUCGAGCAGAAACCCACUGUGGAGAGCUAUAGUGCGAUCAUCAAUGGGUACGCACGCCUGGGCAACCUGGAGUCUGCUGCUAAGUGGUUCGGAGACAUGGAACGCAAGGGCUUGAUAGCGACAGUGAUUCAAUUCAAUCAGCUCUUGCGGGCGUGUGCAGAGUCAUCAUCUUCAGCCCCUGAUGAGAGAAAGGCCUUUGCAGAAGAGGUGGGGCCGGUCAUGACUCGGUCAGACACUCGGGCCGUUCGUUUCGGUCCCUUCAGCUUCGUGUCGUGGCCGGAGAAGCGAUUUCGCUUCGGAUUGGCGUCGAGCUUUCGUUGUUUCACGAUGUGUUGCUUUGUGAUGCGAGAGGCAUGCAGCAUGCACUGGACGAGGCAUGCUAAGCAAUGGAUGGAUCAUGUCAGGAAACGAAGGCAAAUGAUGAGGUUCAAAAAGGGGUUCGCAGGCACAGAGGGUUUGUUUCUUGCAAUCAUAUAUCUUUGGGGCACACUCAUACUCCCAAAUUUCAUGCCUUGUUGAUCUUGUUGCGUGGAUUCCCUGUGGACGGGCCAUCCAAAAAGAGGCGAAGAGUCCUGCCCAAGUAUCCCGUUCCCCCAAAGAUUUACGAAGUAGAGGGGGCAAAUGACACGCGGGAAAAACACGGUGUAAACAUUUUACAUACUCUCAGACAAGGCCCCUAUAGAAGAGGACAUAGAUGACAUAGGCAGAGCAUUUUCCUCCACAGUCCCGGGAUGAGCAUGAGAAGGAGGGCUUUGUGAUGUCUUGUUCGCUCGAUGACAUUUCCAAAGGCCCAGGCAAAUUUUUUCCAUGCCCCUUGCUACAAACAUGGUCAUCUUCGGGCCCCAUGUGUUGUUACCUGUUGUUCCUUUCUUUGUGUUUUGUGUUUUGAGCAAAGGGUGAGCCACGUCCUACACGGAAGGCCUUCCAGUAGAGGAUGAUUUAGUCUUAGAUUAUUUACCCUCCCUCCAACAAGCCAUGGAAGCUAACCAGGACCCCUUCGUAGAGAAAAGCAGUCUUCCAGGGGCGCACGCUUCAAGUCCAUGAUUGUUUCAGGGAGUGUAUAGUGUAUUUCAUUGUAUUUACAUGUAUUUAUCGUUGUAUUUCUCCACGUCAACUGCGCAGUUUCCUUUGAGGUCUUCCAGAGGAUGCUUGAACGUGGCAUCUCUCCCUCUGAUGCAACGCUGCAGGCAUUGAAGGCCGCAGGGGCCUCUCGGUUCCGGGAGAUUUAUUGACAUUCCGUGGCCGAUUGGCCGAUUGAGCGAGCCCAAAAAGCGGAGGCAGCCGGUUGAUCAAGGGUUGGUUGAGAUUCUCUGCGAUCAAUCCAAGGAGCGUGUUUUCUUUUUUCAUUUUUUUUACAAGGAGGUAAUUAUAUGAUGG